AUGCAGUUCGUCACUGUCCUCAGCGUCGCGGCGCUCAUCAACACGGCUGUAGCUCUUCAGCCUCUUGCUCCAGAAUUGAUGAAGAAAUAUCCUGUGAACCCCUUCAAACUUAUGCCUCAGAUUGCCACGUCUGCUAUCGCAGAUCCUGAGAAUUUGGCCAUCUCGGUUGCUUCUUCUGUCCGAUCGACUGUUUCGUCUAUCUACACUUUCCCCAACUCUACGUCCUCCGCGAGCUCAACGGCCUACCCAACGGCAUCCUCAUCAUCCAGCUCCCUCUUCCUAACGCAACCGCAAACUCUACCAGGCACCCUCACCAUAACCGAAGGCAUCACCUACACCUUGUUCCUCCCAACCCCCAGCUCCACAAACCACACCUGGACCAACACCGCCUCCUCCGUCCCGUAUCUACCCUCACCCCCCUUCCCCCCCACUAACGCCACAGCCCUCACGAACCGCACCACCUUCACGCUCAUCCCGUUCCCUAGCUACGGCAGCUCCCUCUCCACCACCCUCACAUCGCUGGCCACUACAACCAGCUCGUCCUCCCUCGCGGUCGACACCGGAACGUCAUCCAGCACCCUAGAGGCUCUCUCGAUCCCGCUUUCCGCAGACCCGAUCUUCUCUGGUUCGCCGAGUGCGGUCCUGCAUCCAGUCACGACCGUUUCACAGACUACGACGGUGACGGGGGGCCAGGCGACGGGAGCCCCCGACCCAGCGGCCUUGCACUGCGGCAUCCACAGGCUGCCGAAUGGGGCCUACAAGAUGGCCGAGUACUGGGAGGAGACACGGGGCGUCUGGGUUACGCUGUUGGGGUGCUUUGAGGUUUGCGAGGCUAACUUCAACGAACAGGGCGCCAACGACGGCGGCUGCUUCUCUUACUCGUUCUACCGUGACCAAGGCACCGGCGCGCCGCGGUGCGACCUCUCCGGGAUGGCCUGGACAGCUUCAUCCAGGAGGUGCCGCGCGUGUGGUAGUAGGUUGUAA